UUCUUUUAACGCGUCAUCCCGCUCAGUUAAUCUGUGUUUUCCAAAGCAGUACAGUAAAUGCUGACGGACGCGUAAUCGCAUUCUGCCUGACAUGUGACCGCGUAACCCGCUCGCAUGAGCGCCGAUCUGCUUUAAGUUUUUUUAAAGUCCACCGAUCCAGCUCGCCGCUGACACAGGAGCUGCUAUGGCGAGCGUCGGCGAACAGAGAGUGGUACUCAUCACCGGCUGCUCCUCUGGGAUCGGACUGCGGAUCGCCGUGCUGCUGGCCAGGGACGAACACAAGCGUUACCAUGUCAUUGCCACCAUGAGAGACCUGAAAAAGAAGGACCGGCUGGUGGAAGCGGAGGGCGACGCAUACGGAAAGACAUUGACGCUGUUGGCUUUGGAUGUGUGUAGUGAUGAAUCUGUCAAGCAGUGUAUCGACAGUGUCAAGGACCGUCACAUUGACAUUCUCAUUAAUAAUGCUGGCGUGGGUAUGCUGGGCCCUGUGGAGAGCAUAUCUCUGGAUGAAAUGAAGAAGGUAUUCGAGACCAACUUCUUCGGAACAGUGCGCAUGAUUAAAGAGAUCAUGCCGGACAUGAAGAAGAGGCGAAGCGGGCACAUCAUCGUCAUGAGCAGUGUUAUGGGCCUGCAGGGUGUGAUAUUCAAUGACGUCUACACAGCCUCAAAGUUUGCAAUCGAGGGCUUCUGUGAGAGCCUGGCGGUGCAGCUGCUGAAGUUUGAUGUGAAACUGUCUAUGAUUGAGCCGGGACCAGUACACACAGAGUUUGAGACAAAGAUGAUGGAGGAAGUGGCAAAGAUGGAAUAUCCUGGAGCAGAUGCAGAUACAGUCCGAUACUUUAAGGAUGUGUACUUGCCAUCCUCCAUUGAUAUCUUUCAGGCAAUGGGUCAAACCCCUGACGAUAUUGCUAACUGUGUCAAGAAAGUCGUCGAGUCCAGUCGACCCCGGUUCCGCAAUCUGACCAACAGCCUCUACACGCCUAUCGUGGCCAUGAAGUACGCAGAUGAGACUGGUGGACUUUCAGUGCACGCCUUUUACAAUCUACUGUUUAACUUUGGCUCGCUUAUGCACUUUACCAUGAGCCUCCUUAAGUGCCUGACAUGCAGCUGUCUGCGCAGACGCACCAUAUCUCCUGACUGAAGAGGGCAACAGUGAGACACUUACAUCACACAUCCCUUUAGAGGAGAACAGGUCACACCUAAAUGAAAACAUACUACAAUAAGAGUAUUCCUUAAUAAAAACAUUUAUAUAAAGAGAUACGCUUGUAGGUUAAAUUUAUAAACGUGUUGCAUUGAUAAUCCUUAAUUCAAUUAAAAAGAUAUUUUACCCCAAAAUAAACAUUAUUUAGUCGUUUAUUCACCCUCGUGUCAUUCAAUUAAUAUGACUCUUUCUUCUGUGGAACACAAAAUAUUUUUUUAGAAACGUCUCGGUUUUGUGUCCAUACAAUGGAAGUCAAUGGGGUCCAGUGUUGUUUGGUUACAAACAUUCUUCAAAAUAUCUUCUUCUGUGUUCUGCAGAACAAAGAAAGACAUACAGAUUUGGAACGACAUGAGGGUGAGUUAAAGAUGACAGAAUAUUUAUUUCGGGGUGAACUAUCACUUUAAAUAGUUACUGUGAGUGCAUAGCCGUUUAAGAGGAUUGAGUUGUUUCUAAGUUAUUCUUUUAUUUGUGAUUUACAAAACACUGUUGCAUAUGCACAAAACAAAUACUCCAUACCAGACAAGACAGUCUAGAAUCUCAUUAAACAGACAAGACUAAACUAAACGUGAAGGUCCAGUGAUUGUGUCGUUCAUGAAGUGACAAACAAUCGCAUAGUUGCCUUUCUAUAUAUUAAUGAUUUACUUGAGAGGUUAAUUUUAAACUUUACUGACUUUUAUCUGUUUCAGAUCAGUUUCUCUCCUUUAAUAAGCUAAGUCCAUGUUAUUAUUUUUGUUUUCUAAUUAACUUGAACGGUUCAGCAGUAAUAAAGCCAUAUUUUAUGUUUUAUCAAUCGUGAAAAUGGAUUAAACUAGAGUUAAUAGUUUUG